AUGGGUCGAAUGCACAGCAAAGGAAAGGGAAUGAGCGCCUCCGCCAUCCCCUACUCUCGAAACGCUCCUUCUUGGUUCAAGCUCACCCCCGACGCUGUCGUUGAGCAGAUCAUCAAGUACGCUCGAAAGGGUCUUACCCCCUCUCAGAUUGGUGUCCUCCUGCGAGACUCCCACGGUGUCUCCCAGGUCAAGGUUGCCACUGGUAACAAGAUUCUGCGAAUCCUGAAGUCCAACGGCCUUGCCCCCGAGAUUCCCGAGGAUCUCUACCACCUUAUCAAGAAGGCUGUGUCUGUGCGAAAGCACCUCGACAAGAACCGAAAGGACGCCGACUCCAAGUUCCGACUCAUUCUCAUCGAGUCUCGAAUCCACCGACUUGCCCGAUACUACAAGUCUGUUGGUGUUCUGCCCCCCACCUGGAAGUACGAGUCCGCCACUGCUUCCGCUCUUGUCAACUAG